GGCGCGCGGCUGCGGGGAGAGCGCGGGCUGCAGGAUGGGGCCCCCGGGGAGCGCGGCGGAACUCGCAGCCGAGGUGGUGGAGCUGCGCGAGCCCGAGGUGCGGCUCGCGGACCCCGCGCCCCCCGGCGAGGAGCAUGCAGACGUCGAGGCGGCGGGAGACCCCGGCCGAGGCAGGUGCUGGCCGUGUGGAGCCUGGGCGUGCUGCUCCCGUGGGGAGCCCGAAGCCAAGAAGAAAGCACCCUGUCCUGGACUUGGCUUGUUUUACACAGUGUUGUCUGCCUUCCUUUUCUCAGUGGCCUCUUUAUUUGUUAAAAAAGUGCAAGGCAUCCAUGCUGUAGAGAUCAGCGCAUUUCGCUGCGUGAUCCAAAUGCUGAUCAUUAUUCCUUGCUUGAUAUACAGAAAAACUGGGUUCAUAGGUCCCAAAGGUCAAAGGGUUUUCCUCCUUCUCAGAGGGGUCUUUGGUUCCACUGCCAUGAUCCUUAUGUACUACGCUUUCCAGACGACGUCCCUCGCAGAUGCCACAGUCAUUGCAUUUAGCUGUCCAGUGUUUACGUCAAUCUUUGCUUGGAUAUUCCUCAAGGAAAAGUAUAGCCUUUGGGAUGCCUUCUUCACCUUGUUCGCGAUCGUUGGAGUGAUCCUUAUCGUGAGACCGCCAUUUUUAUUUGGUUCGGACACUUCAGGGAUGAGAGAGAGCUAUUCGGAGCACAUUAAGGGGACGUUUGCCGCCAUCGGACAUGCUGUGCUAGCCGCACUGACUCUCGUUAUCCUGAGGAAGAUGGGAAAGUCUGUGGACUACUUCCUGAGCAUUUGGUAUUAUGUCAUACUUGGUCUUCCUGAAAGCAUCAUCAUCCUCUUUGCAAUAGGAGAAUGGAGUCUGCCUCAGUGUGGGCUGGACAGGCUGUUUCUCAUACUCAUUGGACUCUUGGGUUUGGGGGGUCAGAUAUUUAUCACUAAAGCAAUUCAAAUAGAAAAGGCAGGGCUCGUAGCAAUAAUGAAGACAAUGGAUAUAGUCUUUGCGUUUAGCUUUCAAAUUGCUUUCUUCGAUAACGUGCCGACCUGGUGGACGGUGGGCGGCGCGCUCUGUGUCGUAGCCAGUACGACUGGAGCCACCAUUCGCAGAUGGGUCCAGGGGUCCAAAUGAAGUGUCGCUGCUGAAAUCUUUGUUUUCUUCAAGUGCGCCAUCAUCCAACUCAGACAUCUUACACACCUGCACACAUACCUGGAAGAAACUGCAUUAUUCUUUGGUUAUAUUUAAUAAAUUUUAUAAAUAAAGCGCCAUUUUGAAUAUGGUAUGUUUUUGACUAAGAGUAGCUAGGCUAGCCUAGCUGUUUCUGGAUAGCCUUUAUUUUUGCUCCGGCUUGUUGGUUGGGUUGCCAUUGAUGAGAAGGGAGCUCAUUAGAGGAGUUUCAGAAAUUUCUUUUAUGAGUACAAUUUUUAAAAUUUAUUUUUGACGCAGGACGUGGAUGGGAGAUGGCGUAUUUUAGCAGUGUAGAUAAGAAGCUUAAU